AUGCCCCGGAAAGCGGGAGCCCAACCCGCCGCUGCCUUUGUCACACUUAAUGAGCAACACUGCCGCGGCCGCCCUCGGGUGUUGCUGAUGAAUAAGGCCUGCUCCGUCACGUCAGCUCAGGACUGGUUUGGGGACCUGGUGACUCCGAUGUGGUGGGAGGACGUCUGGCUGAAGGAAGGCUUCGCUCAUUUCUUUGAAUACGUCGGCACCGACUUCCUUUUUCCAAAGUGGAACAUGGAGAAGCAACGGUUUCUGACUGACGUCCUCCAUGAGGUGAUGCUAGUGGACGGCUUGAGCUCCUCCCACCCGAUCUCCCAGGAGGUGGAACAAGCGACGGACAUCAACCGAGUCUUCGACUGGAUCGCCUACAAAAAGGGGGCAGCGCUGAUCCGGAUGCUGGCGAACGUGAUGGGACAGCCGCUGUUCCAGAGGGGCCUCAACGAUUACCUGCUGAGUCACAUGUACAGCAACGCAGCCAGAGACGACCUGUGGAACAAACUCUCUCAGGCCAUGCGUUCAGAGGGGCGGGACAUUGACAUCGGAGAGAUGAUGGACAGGUGGACUCUACAAAUGGGCUACCCCGUCAUCACCAUCACCAAGAACCAAUCAGAGCAGCUCCCUACUCAUUACAUCACCGUCAGCCAGGAGCACUUCCUGUACGGAGAGGAAGUCAGGAGCAACAACAGUUUACAGUGGCAGGUCCCUCUGACGGUCGCCGUGGGAAACACGUCCACCAUGAGUUCAGAGAGACUCAUCUGGAUCAACAACAGGACAGAGAUGCACAGGAUCGGUCAGAUGGACGACAGCACUUGGUUGCUUGGCAACAUAAACCAGACGGGCUACUUCCGUGUGAACUACGACCUCCAGAACUGGAAACUGCUGAUUCAGCAGCUCCACCACAACCCUGAAAUCAUCUCGGUAGGAAACAGGGCGGGGCUUAUCGAUGACGCCUUUAACCUGGCCAG